UCUAAAUAUUUCAUAAACUGCUGGCUGUAGCCUCUUCAGUCAUGAGGGAUAGACAAUAGCUCAGUUGGCGGUGAGGGGCUUGCAGCACUUGCUUGUAGUUGGGAUGAGUUUGCCCCUGAAUCACAAACCUUUCCUGAAUGGAUUAAUAGGAAAGCCAGUAAAGGUGAAACUGAAGUGGGGAAUGGAGUAUAAAGGCCACCUGAUAUCUGUAGAUAGCAUGCAGCUUGCAAACGGAAGAAUACAUAGAUGGAGCAUUGUAUGGACAUUUGGAUGAAGCUUUUCUUUAAUGUUUAUUUAGUUAUUCAGAGAGAGAGAGAGCGAGAGCAGGUGAGGGGCAGAGAGAG